ACCCUAAUCAGUUGCCGAUAUCACACCGAGGCCGUUGCAACACUGUUGAGUGUCGCUCCAUUUUGCUCCAUUCCACAUCUUGGCCCUUUUUUUCGGUUUUGUACUAUUAACACGAAAGAUAACGCACACGAUACACAGGAACCACAGUGGCUGGCAAAGAACAGUUUUUUUUUCUGUAAAUAUAUGCGAUAUAAGAUCUAAGGGUUUGAUGGAGUAGGGUGGUACAGUAAGACCUUCGGCACAGUGUUCGGGUCAGUGUGCGGUUGACGUUGGUGAACUUUGGGCUGAUUUUAAUCAACGCCAAGGGAACUGCAUCGAUUUCUACCUAUUGAAGCGCAAGUGAAACGCCAACUCCAGUGUGUGUAAAGUCUGUGAUAAAACACAGAGCAAAUCAGCAUUGUGUUUGUGCGUCUGUGUGUGUCUGUGAGAACUAAUUAUUUUCGAUUAAAAAGUGCGGCCGGCACACGUACAACCUGUGCUGUGGUUUGCAAGCCACCACCGCCACCACCACACUGUAGUCAAAUAUUUGAUUUGUGCUGUGAUAAUUUUAAUGAAAAACUCGUCUCCAACCACGGAAGAUUAGAUCUGAGAAACAGAAAGUGUUCGUUCGUUCGUUGGGUGAAAAUGAACCGAACCGCAGUGCUGCUGUUCGUGCUUGUGGGCUGCUGUCUGCAAGUGUUACGUGCUGAGGAGGAAGACGUCGCGCCGGCCACAGACGCUCCGGCGGAUGUGCGGGUAGUCGUUUCGCAUCUUUGUCACUUCAAGAAACCCCUCCAAGACCCCACCGACCUGGACGAUGAUCAGUAUUGCGAUUGCGAUGUGCAUAACUCCCCUACCGGUCUGCCCGAGGUUCAGAUUGACUGCCGGAAGCAUCAGCUUGGCGAUGAGUUUUGGCAGGAAUCGGCCGAACAGCUGCCCCAGGGCACAGUCCGGCUGGACCUAUCGCGUAACGCACUGACGGUCGUGCCGCGCCUCGCCGGCGAGCAGCUGCGUUAUCUGAACCUGGGCCACAACCAGAUAACGACCAUCCCCGAUAAGGUGUUCGGCAAUGUGUCGCUGCUGGAGGAGCUCGAUCUAAGCAGCAAUCGCAUCGAGAUGCUCGGCACGGACGCGUUGGCGGGCCUGCCAAACCUCAAGCUGAUCGAUUUGAGCUCGAACCUUAUCGCCAAGAUCGAGGUGAACGCAUUCUCGAACGCACUGCACCUGAGCCAGCUGAAACUGUCCAACAACUCGCUGGGAGCGUUCUUCAAUCGUACCGAGGCGGACCUGUACCUUCGGCUCGGUGUCACCAACCGACUGGCCGUGCUGGAAAUGGAGCGCUGUAACCUGACCGACAUAAACCUCUCGAGCGGUGUCGGGCUCGAGCGGGCUCUGCUUGGCUACAACCGGCUGCAGCAGCUCAGCAAGCUUCCCAAACAGCUUGCCUACCUGGACAUCAGCGGCACACCGAUCCGCAGUCUCCCGGCAAAGUUCCUUCCCCAUCUGCUGCACCUCGAAUCACUCAUCCUGCAGGACAUGCCCAUUCUUUACACCCUGGAAGAGUACGCACUGUACGGGCUGCCCCGGCUAUCCAUGCUCAAUCUGCAAGGAUCACGCAACCUCUCCACCAUCCAUCCGCACGUCUUUGGCCAAAACGUCAUUCGCAACGAGACGGACACGGAACUGAAGCGACUCAUCCUCAAGGGCACCAACAUACGUACGCUCAACUCGACGCUACAGUUUGCGUUCGAGAAUCUGCGCCUACUAGACAUCCGUGGUGCGCCGCUUCGUUGCGACUGUCAGUUGCGUUGGUUGCGCGAGCUGCCCAACCUGAUGACGCUCGGCGUGUGCGUGAAGCCGAAUGCGUUGCGUGACAAGCGCUUCGGUACGAUCGAUCCACACCAGUUCCAGUGCCGUGCGGAACAGUUCUGGAUCUACACGGUGUUCAAUGUGCUGCUGGCGAUUCUACUAAUUAUUCUGGUGUCGAUCGGUAUCUUCCUGAUCGUGCGGGCUAUAAGACCGAAGCCGCACGUACAGCUGCGCACGGUUGGGGCGAACAGUCCGUAUGCGCGCGUUACGAUCGAACCGAACCGGGCAGAGAUCUUGUAGGCGGUGUUGAUGACGAUGCUGGAUGCUGGAAGCUGAGUGUGUUAGUAGUUAGCCAGUGAUCUGUACAUAACAAUGACAUAGGGAAUAGUUUGAUUUAAGACGCAAUCGUAGUAGUGGAAAAAGAUAAGCUAAGCUGUUUUAAGGCCCGUUUCAAGCAUUAGUUAGUACAUGUGAGUGAAUGCGCGUUAAUUGUUUAAGAGCCUGGUAGACGUAAGCAACCUUCAAUUUCAAUAAACCGUAUCUGUUUUUAGUAA